UACUACUACUACCACUACUACUACUACCACCACAACCACUUCCAGCCACUCAGUCGUUCCAGAAACACAGCCGCGCACACACGCACGCACACACACACGCACACACACACACACACACACACACGUCGAGAAGAGAGGAAAGCGGGUUGAUCACAAACAUGUCUGCCUUUUCUCUUCAAGUUUACAAAGAAACCGGCGUGUUAGUACAAGAGGUGGACGAUGGGCAACCCUGCUUGAUGUGCCGAGAUAAGUGCAGUGGCUACACUUCACACCCAUGGAGGAAGACGUGCGAGGUGUGUAAGUGCAAUCGAGAGGUCCACGAUGUCUUCCAUAGAGAGUUCGUCAAUAUACGGGAGCGGCUGGGACUUGGCGACUCCAUGGGGCGGGCCAACAAGGAGAUGUGUCUUCAGGAAGGCUACACGUGGGUUCCUGCAGGCUUGUCCAGCGAACAGAUAUAUGCGUACAUGUCCUGCCUACCGGGCCACAGGGUGCCACGCCUGGGGACCCCCGGGGAGAAGGCGCGGGAGAGGAAUUUGAUGUCACAAUUUCCGAAGCAAGAUCUAGCUUUGCCUCUGACGCGCCAUAUUGAGCCUCAGCAUCACAUAUCCUUCAGAGACUUCAUCAACGCCAGGAACGACAUCGCGCUGGACAUUGGGAUCGUAAACCCUUCCCUGGACGCCGGCAAGGAGUGCUCAGGGUGCGGGGAGGUAGUGGCGAGGGGGGGCGUGGGGGUCGUCGCUCCCCGGCUGGGUGAGGGGGAAGUGUGGCACCCGUCCUGCUUCACGUGUACGACCUGUAACGACCUGCUGGUGGACCUGGUGUACUGUGUGUGGGAGGGAUCCGUUUUCUGUGGAAGGCAUUACGCGGAGAAGCUCAAGCCCAGGUGCGCGGCGUGUGAUGAGUUAAUUUUCAGCGGAGAGUACACGAAGGCCAUGUCGAAGGACUGGCAUUCCGGUCACUUCUGCUGCUGGCAAUGUGACGAGUCCCUUACAGGUCAGCGGUACGUGUUGAAGGACGACCACCCUUACUGCAUCAAGUGUUACGAGGCAGUCUUCGCUAACUCCUGUGACGACUGCAACACUGUCAUCGGCAUCGACUCCAAGGACCUGUCUUACAAGGACAAGCACUGGCAUGAGAAGUGCUUCCUGUGCAACAAGUGCCAAGUGUCACUGGUGGACAAGCAGUUCGGCUCUAAGAUGGACAAGAUUUUCUGCGGGCCUUGUUACGACGCACAGUUUGCCACGCGCUGUGACGGCUGUGGCGAGAUCUUCAGGGCUGGCAACAAGAAGAUGGAGUACAAGGCCCGCCAAUGGCAUGAGAAGUGCUUCUGCUGCUGUGUGUGUAAGACCCCCAUUGGAACCAAGAGUUUUAUUCCCAGAGACCAGGAAAUUUACUGCGCUGCCUGUUAUGAGGAGAAAUUCGCCACGCGCUGUGUAAAGUGCUCCAAGAUCAUCACCAGUGGCGGUGUCACAUACAAGAACGACCCGUGGCACAGAGAAUGCUUCACCUGCACAAACUGCUCAGCGUCUCUGGCUGGCCAACGCUUUACUUCAAGAGAUGACAAGCCGUAUUGCGCUGACUGUUUCGGAGAGCUGUUUGCCAAGCGCUGUACCGCCUGUUCCCGCCCGAUUACUGGUAUUGGAGGGACUCGCUUUAUUUCCUUCGAGGACAGACACUGGCACAACGACUGCUUCAUCUGUGCUUCCUGUCAGGGCUCUCUGGUCGGCAAAGGCUUCAUUACAGAUGGAGCUGACAUCUUGUGCCCUGACUGUGCCAAGCAAAAGUUGAUGUAAACAGGAAGAGGAGGAGGAGGAGGAGGAGCAAGAAGAGGAGGAAGAGGAGGAGGAGGAGGAGGAGGAGGAGGAGGAGGAGGAGGAUUGUGUGUGUGUGUG